AUGGCGCCGCGCAAACGAAAGUCGUCGCCCGUGGCCGACGCGUCGCCAACCCGACCAGAAAAGCCAGUCGUACCAGAGGACUCCCCUCUCUCAGCCCUGGGCGAGGCCACCGUCGAUUCGCCUUCCUCCGCUGCUGAAGAACAAGUGGCAGCACCUUCCAAGAAAAAGACCCAAAAGACGGUCAAAGAACUGAAAGCGUCCAAGGAACCGAAGGCGCCCAAAGAACCGAAAGCACCCAAGCCCAAACCUGCACCUGUCCAACCACUUGAUCCGACGUUGCCUACGAACAAGACCUUGCCCGACCCGAUGCCACCGUACCCCCAACGACCUGAAGGGCAGGUCAGGAUCAGCGCUUGGAAUGUCUGUGGCAUAAGAGCGGCGGAGAACAAGGUGAGUUUCGGCUGUCGACCCCUCAUAUUCGGUCUUGACCGUGUUUUGGACUGACCUUUUUACCUUUUUUUGGGGGUCCACAUCGCGCUUCACCAAAGGGUAUGGAGAGGUAUAUCCAAGCCGAAGCAGCAGACAUCCUCGUCUUGACCGAGACGAAGAUGGCCGACCCGAACUUUGCUUUCCUCAAUGACAACUAUCCCGCAAGUUCUCCUCGAAUUCUCACCCCGACCUUGGGACUAACCGUUCUUUGCGCCUCUGAUCUCGUUCUACUACCAGUACCGAUAUUGGGGAGUCGAUCCUAAUAAGAAGGGAUAUUCGGGCACGGCGAUCUUGUCCAAGAUUGAACCCAAGUCCAUUACGUUCGGGUUGCCGACCAGUUCCGAUCAAGCUGCCGAAGCGGGUCGUCAGUCGUCCAAAGAGGUCCCUUCUUUCGCUUCAUGGCACCCAAUCUCAUGCAUCCCAUCUUUUUCCUUCUCCAUCCAGGCUGCAUCACCCUCGAAUUCAACUCCCACUUCCUCAUAGGGACCUACGUCCCCAACGCCGGGCAGGACCUCAAGACCCUUCCUCGCAAAUCGCAAUGGAAUCACGACUUUUCCCUCUACCUCCACCAACUCGACGCUCUUAAACCCAUCAUCUGGUGUGGGGACCUCAACGUCGUUCCUGCGCCUGAGGAUAUAAGGAAUUGGAAAACGAACCAUAACAAAUCGGCGGGGUGUACAGAUGAGGAAAUUCAUGCUUUUGAAAGCCAGUUGAGAGGUGGGGAAGGGGGUAAAGGGGGGAGGUUGGUCGAUGUUUGGAGGGAAAAGUACCCGGACAGAGUGGGGUGGUACACGUAUUUCUCGUUGAGAUUCGAUUGUAGGACCAAGGGGAUUGGGUGGAGGUUGGAUCAUUUCGUGGUGCGUUCUUUCCUGUUUUCUGUUCGGCUUCAGAGCAGCGGCACUGAGGAAGCAUCCCUUUUCCAUAUGCAGGUCUCGGAAAGAAUCUUGGACAAGGUCAAGGCAUGCGAGAUCCGACUCGAGGCUUAUGGACCUUCGGAUCAUGUCCCCAUCAUUCUCGACUUUGAAGGCGAGCUUUGA